UCACAACAAGAAGCGAUGGGGCCGAUCCUGAGCUGCCAGCACCUCCCCGGCCCCGCUGCCGCCCUCACGAACCAGCCCAGCUCGGCCCCGGACGGGCCCGUUCCCGCCCGUUGGCCCCGCCCGCCCUUCCGCGCCGCGGCCGCCAUGGGCCCGGCCGGGCGCUGGGUGCGGGCGGCGCACACGGCGCUGAGCGGGGCGCUGGCGCUGGGGCUGUUCCUGCACCGCACGGAUCUGCAAAAGCAGGAGGAGCGCGGGGAGCUGCUGCGGCCGCUGCUCUUCGUCUCGCUGGUGGUGUGUUCCGUGCUGCUCUACUUCAAGGUGUCUCUCAUGGACCCGGGGUUCGUCAAGGCUGAAGAAGAAGAGCAGGGAGGCAAGAGUGAAGACCAAAGCAUGAUGAUACCCCAAGUUCCAAGCAACGUUAAGAUGCAGCUCUGCGGUUACUGCAUGGUGAGGCAGCCCAUGCGAGCCAAGCACUGCCAGCUGUGCCAGCACUGCGUGCGGCGUUACGACCACCACUGCCCCUGGAUCGAGAACUGCGUAGGAGAGAAGAACCACCGGCUUUUCGUGGUGUACCUGAGCGUGCAGCUCGUGGUGCUGCUGUGGGGAGUUCACAUCGCUUGGUCAGGCCUCUAUUUUGAACAGUCCUGGCACUGGCUGCGGCACAACAUUCUCCUCCUCGUGUCCUUCCUCCUGAUCGUCAUAUUCACCAUCGUUGUCCUGCUGCUGCUUGUGUCCCACCUCUACCUGAUCUCCUGCAACACCACCACCUGGGAAUUCAUGUCACACCAUCGCAUCUCCUACCUGCGACACUCAGAGCUGGAGAAUCCCUUUGACCAAGGGAUAAUCCUCAAUCUCUGGAGAUUCUUCUGUUCAUGCCACCUCACUGCAUGGGAGAAAAUCUAUUUUCACAGGAUCAAUGAGCCUGUCUAGUCACAGUAGUACCUACCUGGUAGAGUCCCAACCCGGCUGCAGGUUGCUGGGGAAAGCUUUGCUAAUGCAAUUGCUGCCGUUUCCUUACGCCCAACUUCAGUGCAUCAUAAACUAUGCAACCUGCUCCACAACCUCUUCAUCCUGCAAAUUACAUUUCAAGGAUAGUCAGGGUUGGUUUUUUGUAUAUGAAUGACACUGUUAAAGACGAGACACUGGUCUGGGAAGGCCAGCGGGGCUGAUUUCUGGACUGAGCAAAGGUAUCUCAGCAUAGUUCUCACUGUAAGAACCACAGCACCUUUUGUCAGUAGCGUUGGGCAUGUAACAGAAAUAGCUGAGAAAAUAUUUGGACGGUCAAAAGCAAAUUGCCUCAGCUUAAUGCUUUUCACAAAGAUUUGAGCUUAAUAGUGCUAAUGUGCAUGAGAAACAGCUGUAAGGCACCACAUUCAGUUUAUGAGAUAAUUAGCUGGUACUUUGUGAUGCCCUGACCAGCUUCCUAACAGUUUUUUCUUUAAGUUGGUGGUGCUGUUAACAAUUCAGAGACUAUUUUGAGUCUUUGGACAGAGAAGUAAUACUUGCCUGCUUAAUUUCUGCAGAUAAAUUCAUGCUCAGGCCUUUACUUGACAGGACAGAACCAGUAGCAGAGGUGGGUACGUGUUGCCCAGCUCAAGUAACACUGUUGUAAUACUACCUCAACAUACUAGUGACAUUUUAAUAAAAUAUUACAAAGUUUCAGUGCAAGAGGAAAGAUUCUAGGCUCCGUUUGUUUCAGUGAUAGGAGAGGGUGCUGAUGGAUUUCUAGGACAGCAGCGAGCUUGCUUAUUUUCCCUUGUAAUAAGAGUUCAUACUUCAAGUUUCCACGACAAACUAAAAGGAAGUUUGGAAUGACCCAUUAUAGCUUUAAAAACAGAAAGGCUGUGGUGCAAACUUCAGUUCUCACCCUUUUCUGUUUCAAAACAAAGAAACCCAGCACCACAACAAAAACCUUUGUUAAAAUUAUUUUGUGCCUUAAUUGCUUUGGCUCAGGAACUAACACCAGCUCAAGAGCACGUCUGGCAAGCUGGUAGGAUGCACUCAGGGUUUAAAGUUGAGAAGCAUUCCUGAAAGGACAGUGUAGUUAGCACAGCACCGUAGUCCAAAAGCAGUUGAAAACCAGCAAAAGGAUCCCUUUUUUGACUGAAUUCAGAGUUCGUAAUCUGUAUCCGGUCUGGUUUGUUCAGGGUAGAAACUCCUGACAGAGGGAUAACAGAACACUAAGGAUUGGGUUCAAAACAAGGAUAAACCAUCCAGAAAGGAUUCUGCAGUGUGUGUCCCUGUGGCACCUGCUCAGUGUGGCUCCAAUGCCAUAUUUCUGGUUUUUCAGGGAUCAGUCACAUAACAUUUGUCAGCAGGUACUACAGCUCAAAACAUGCAGUUUGCUCUGUUUGGCAAUUCUUUUUUUAAAUGCACCAGGAUGGUAAUUUACAGUCUUUUUGCUUUACUGUAAACUAUUAAUUAAAAUAUUAAAUAUGCCUUUUUUGGUUA